UUUACACUACUCUCUGAUGUAGAUAUUCUCUCCCGUUCAUUCCUUGCAUGUCUGUCCGACCCAAUGCUAUCCCCGGCAUCGCCAACAUCUCCCAGCCAUCGCCGGGCAUGACCCCUCCACGCGAGCGGGUCCCCCGAGCCUGUGAACAUUGCCGGGCCCGCAAAAUCAAAUGCAACGGUCAGCGGCCGUGCCACGCGUGUGCCCGCCAUCCCGAGCGAUGUCUGUAUCGGCCGGGGAGCAUCCGCCAGCGGAAGUCCCGUCGGGCCCCGGACCCGGCGCGGCCCCCAGCCCUACUGCCCUUACCGGCCACCCAAUCCCCCACUACUCCCAGUGACUGGUCAAACGCCAGUCUGAGCGAUGAUCCCAUUCAGUAUAAACGUCAUCAUGAGCUUCGUGCCGGUAUUGGCGUGCAAAAUCCAGAGACGGGGGCUUUUCAGUUCUAUGGUCCCUCUUCUGGAUUCUGCUUCAUCCAUCGGGUGUACCAGCGCAUCAAGCAGGGCUCCUCCUGCGAGCCACUGCUCGCUCGUCGCAGCGGCGCCAUUCCCGAUGCCAUCCAACGGUUUGGGAUGGAGCGCUUCAUGUUCGCCCGGACGGGAGACUCGGAUCCGCGACGGACCCAAUGGCCGUCGGAGAUGUUUCUCCCCCGGGAGCUGGGCGACCAGUUUAUCGAAGCGUAUUUCCGGGUCAUGCAUCCGCAAAUUCCCGUCCUGAUCCAGUCGGAAAUUGUCGAUGCGUGGACCCAGAUGUGGGAGUCGCCGGUGCGCGACCGUGGGGUCAAAAACCAGGAUAUCCUGUUCAUGGUGCUGGCCAUCGGGGCACGCGUCGCCAAUCUCAAGGGAAAGCAAUCAGCAAGCAGCGUCGAAGCGUGGGCCGAGUAUUUCUCCAGUCGAGUGUCCGAGGGGCCCAUCUUUCUGCAAGAACCGAGUAUCCGGGGCGUGCAUAUGAUGCUGUUGAAGUCAAUGUAUGCGUUGCAAAUGAUGCGUCAAAACGAUGCCUAUCUCUAUCUAGGCCAUGCCACCCGCACCUGUCUGGUAUUGGGGCUGCACCGCUCUCAAGUCACCGACGGUCGCGAUCCCAACAUGCACCGGCUGCGGUUGACCUUUUGGACGACCUUUUUCUGCGAGCGCAUCUCCUCGCUGUAUAUGGGUCGUCCGUCCAGCCUGGCCGACCGGCAGAUCGACACAGCCUAUCCCGAGGACCUCACGUAUCCCUCGGAUGGCUCCCACGCGCCCAUGCAGGAGUGCGCAUUCAUCCGCGCCAUGGCCGAGAUCUCCAAACUGGCCGACCGCGUCUCCAUCGAGAUCUACUCUCCCGCCAGCAUCAAAUGUAUGGCCGACCUGGCCAAGCUCAACCAAACCAGUCUGGAAUGCGACGCUGCCCUGCAAGCCAUCAACCCAACAUUACCCUCCUACCUACACUUCUUCGACGACGGCGUCCCGAUCGGCGAGCCCUGGCAAGAAAUCCAGCGCUUGAGCAUUGGAUUCUGCUACUAUGUCGUGCGCAUGCUCCUCUACCGUCCUGCCCUCGUCCUCACCACCUUCUUCUCCUCCGUCAGCGAAGCCCAAACCGCCACCGGCUGCGCGGAACUCCAAGCCUGCAUCAACGCCUCCACCUCGGCUGCCUGUAAUCUAAUCCAUCUGGCCCACGACGUCUACUUCCGUCGCUUCCCCGACAUUCGCUACGACGGGGCAUUAGCCUCGUUUCUGAUCUCCGCGUGUCUCACAUUACUCUACAACGUGCUGAAUCUAGGCACUGACCCGGAACGCGCCCGGAAAACAUUCACCGUUAUCGAAAAAGCCAUCAAAUGCUUAGAUGAGAUUGAACACACUGGGUACACUUCCGGCAAAGCAUUAAGCUUGGAUCUGAUGAAGGUUGCCAAGCAGGCGGUCUACGCGGCGGAUCCGGUGGUGGAUACGAAUCAGGUCUUGAUGGAUGAGUUUCCGUGGUUAGAGGAUUGGGCGUCUGCGGUGGCUAGAGAGGGGAAUCUCGAUCCGUCCCUGUAUGCGCUCCCUCAGGCGGAAAUGCCGGUUAUCGGGGCGUUGGAGGGCAAUGGGGCCGGUUGGAUUGAGUCGGAGGGUAAUUAUUUGUGGGCGGGGAAUGGAUUUGCUCCGAAUUCCAUGCCGGGGUGCUUCUUCUAGGGGGAUACAAACACAAAAUAGAGCAGGGAUAGACAGCACAGACACAAUAGAUUAAUCCCCAACCGGCGCUUAUUCCAACUCUAUCUCAGCGCCACGUUGGGGUCGGUGAAACGUUGCACUGCGUCCGUUCAGCCCUAACCAAGUCUCCUCCAAUGCAGACUCUGUCUUAACCGCCAGGAAUCCUGGCGCGGUCCGAGCUCCAUGGCGAGCCCCAUCGCGAG